AUGGCCAUCCAUUUACAAAAUACUGCCCACUGGCUGGGGCAGAUGAUGCAGCAGAGGAGCCCCAGCACCCCAGUGAAUGUGUUGCCCGUGGUAGAAGAACCCCGAACUAACGAACCCCAGCCUACCCUUAACCACCCUCAAACAAACAACAGAGAAAUCGGAGAAAGGGGCAGAAGAGCUAGGGGAGAAGAAGAACCAGAAGCCAGAGUUCAUGGGAGAAGGGUGAGGGAGUUGAUAGAGAAUGACGAGGUAGAUAGUUACUCUGCCAGGACAACCAGAAGGACGGAAAGUAAAGCGUGGCGGGAGGAGUAUCGUCUGGAGAAGAGGCCCAGACAAGAAGAAGAGAAUGAGACCAUUCCAAAGAAGUUUAUGAUGCCACCCAUGGUGGCCUAUGAAGGAACGGGAAACCCAAGAGAACACGUCCUCAACUAUAAGACUUUCAUGGAGCAGCAGACUCUAUCGAAUGCCUUGAUGUGCAAGGUAUUCCCCACGACGCUCAUAGGGCCAGCACGGACGUGGUUUAACAGUCUGGAGGCUGGAAGCAUAAGAAGUUUUGGAGAUUUGGCCACUAUCUUCAUCAGCCGUUUUAUUGCCGGAGUACCUGUGGACAGAAAGACGAGCUACCUGGAGACAGUCCGUCAGAGGAGGAAUGAGACUUUACGGGAGUACGUCGCCCGUUUUAACACGGAGGCCCUACAAAUCCCUGAGCUGGAUGAAAACCGAGCUGUGGAAGCGAUGCAAAAAGGGACGACCUCCCCAGAGUUCUUUGGCUCGUUAAGCAGGAAACCGCCGACCUUGCUGGCAGAGCUGAUGAAGAGGGCGGAGAAAUACAUAAUGCAGGACGAUGCCUUAGUAACAAGCAGAUUCGCCAAAGAGGCGGUGGACAGGGGAAAAGCCCUAGAAGAAGGAAGGCCGGAAAGGCAGGAGAAAAAGCAAGGCAAGAGGCCCGAAGCCUACAGACAGCCUUGGGACCGAAGGGACCAGGGGCCGUUCCCCCCUCGGAUUCCAGAACAAAGAGCACUCCCCCCGCAGGUUCCUGAGAACUUAACUCCACUGAACGCCUCCAGAGUUGAAGUGCUCAUGGCAGUUCAGAACAAGGAGUUCCUCCAAUGGUCGAAACCCAUGAGAGCAGAACUGAUCAGCGAGAUAGAGAGGCUCAUAAAAAGGGGACAUCUUAGGAACUUUGUGAAAAAACCGGAGGGAGAAAGGCCUCAGCAGAACCCUGCGACAGAACGACCCCGGAGGACGAGAGCAGGACCAGUGAAUGAUGGUUCCAGUGGAACCAUCAAUAUGAUCGUCGGAGGAACCGGAGGUCGGAUGAGCAGGAGAGGAAGAAAAAGGGGCCGAGAUGGGGAAGGUAGCAAUGCCGAGGUCAUGCAGAUAGAUGACCAUUCUCCAAUGACCAUCUCCUUCUCUCCGGAGGAUGCCCAGGGCGUUCAGAUGCCUCAUGAUGACGCUCUUGUUGUUGAAGCCGUCACCCACAACUACCGGGUUAGGAAGAUCUUGGUGGACAACGGAAGUAAGGUGAAUUUAUUGCCAUACAGAGUCUUCCAGCAGAUGAGAAUCCCCGAGGAACAGUUGGUUCGGGACUAG